UGUCUUUUUAUUAAUUUCCUCGUACUCACAAAACUAAAAACUUGAAGGAAUCUUAAAGUGAGAGAACAUUAUUUAAGUGGUUACUUGUAUAACAAGGUUAGCAGAUACCGGCCCUACCCUGGUUGGCAUUCCUUUUCUUUUCUUUUUUUUAUGAAUAAGCGAACAUUUUUUUACCCUGGUUGGCAUUCCUGUAGGAGAUAUAUAUAUAUAUAUUUAUAUAUAUAUAUUCUAGUUUUAUCAGCAGUAGAUCACUGAAGGAGUACAGGGAAGAUUCAUUUCCAAGUACAUGAAUUCACCGAAUUCAUGGAUUAUUCUUCUGAACUAUAUGAUUAUCUACAGCCAUGGAACAUGGACGUUUGCAUGAGUACUCCAGCCAUGAGGGAAGGAUCACAACGGCAUAACUUUGGGCCGGCUAAAUUAUACAGCACCAUUGAUCAGCAUCCUUUAGAAUCAACGGCCUUGGCGUUUCAUGAUCAGCAUGAAGUAGGCAAUUCUCCUUUGGAAUCCUCACAACUUCCCAACACUUCCAGUUCACAAAUCCCAAUAUUGUAUCGAUCUUCUGGGGAUAAAUUUUCCAUUCAUUCAGCCGGUUCCCACUCUCCGCUGUGUGGCAAUCAAUGCCACCAUAUGCCAGGAAGCGAGCUUCUUCCGCAUGAUCAUAACAUGUUGCAUGCUAUUUACAAACCGGGUCGCCAUAGUUCAUCAUCCCGGGCAGCUAUAUCAAGUAAGAAACGGAUCAGAUGGACCCAAGAUCUUCACGAGAAGUUUGUCGACUGUGUCAAUCUGCUUGGUGGUGCUGAAAAGGCAACUCCAAAAGCAAUACUGAAGCUGAUGGACUCAAAUAUAUUGACCAUUUUUCAUGUGAAAAGUCAUUUGCAGAAAUAUAGAACCACAAAAUACAUGCCAGAAUCUGCCUUCGAAAAAUGUGAGAGAACUGGUGCAAAUGGCAUACCUCAGCUUCACAUGAAUAUCACUAAUAUGGAAAUCAACAAGGUGCUGCAACGGCAAGCUGAUGUUGAAAGGCUUCUUCAUGAACAAUUAGAGUUUCAGAGAAAUUUACUGUUGCUGAUUGAUGAACGAGGGAGGCAGCUGAAGAUGAUGUUUAACCUACAGCUAGCAGAAGACAAAUAAUUAAGGGCCUUUUCAAGUCUAAGAAUAUAUGAAAUAGUUCCAUAAUAAGAUAAUUAUCUUUAAGAGAAUUUAUCUUUAUCUUUACCUACUACAAUUCUCCUAUAAAAAUAGGGGUAUUUUUGUAUUGUAAACUUUAUUAAG